GGCUACAUCUUUUUUUCUCAAGUAUGGUUGAAGCAGAGAUGAGGUGUUUGUGAAUUAUAAUAUUUAAAUUUGUUUAUUAGAAUAAUCAUGGUUUCAAAAGCCGCAGUGGGAAUCGCUGUCGGAAUUGCGGGAAUUUUCGUCGGAUAUUGCUUUUACUUCGACCAAAAGCGACGUAGUGAUCCUGACUUCAAAAAGAAACUUCGUGAACGAAGGAAAGCGAGGAAGGAGGCACAGAAGUCUGGAUCAAAAAUACCAAAUCUGAAGGAUCAUGAAGUAGUUCAAAAGUUCUUCGUGCAGGAGGUGGAGUUGGGAGAAGAAUUGCUGGCAUCAGGGGACCUGGAUGGUGGAAUUGAGCAUUUGGCUAACGCAGUUGCAGUUUGUGGUCAGCCUCAUCACUUACUUCAAGUUCUUCAAAAAACACUGCCACCUCAAGUGUUCCACCUUCUUUUACAGCGGUUGCCUGCUGUUGGUCAGAGACUCAACCCACAAGGUGUGAUGGCGGAAGAAGAUGUCGAAUAAACGUCUGAAAAAACCUCGUUGUUUUCAUACCAAUAAAAGCAACAUUAGUAGAAAAUUCUUCUUCUUGCGUAAAGUAGUGCGACUUUGAUUAGUUCGUGUUAAAACAUCUAAGUCUUGCGUAUUGACUCGUGAAAUUUCCAUUGAGUUCAUUGUUUAUCACGUUCUAAAUUUUUUGAGCAUACUUGACAAAAAUUGAACUCGAAGCGUUUGGAUAUUUUCGUAGCAACAACGCUCGAAUAGUCGUAAUUUUCAAAAUACUUUAAACAAAACUUUCCUAAAUACAUCGUGAAAUUUAUUAUUGCUAAAAAUACCCAGCAUUAUACUUAUGCUCAUCGACUUGAUUUUAUACUUGAAACUUUCCUGUUUGACAAGUUUUAGUGUUUGUUGAACACCUUGUUAAACACUUAACACCGACGAUCAUAAAAUCGUUUUGAACUGCUUGAAAGUCUUCUUAAAAUUGAUGUGGGUUUUCCAGUGAAAUUGCAUUUAUAAAAGAACUUCGCAGAGGGAAACUGAAAUUUUUGCUGAAUGACUCGUUUGCAGUAGGAAUGAUAGACUUUAGUGCAUUUGCUCAAUUAUGAGAUCUGUCCUUUCCAUAUUUUGGAGGGAAUCUCGUUGCUUUUUCUCAAAUGCAAGGUAAACGUGUUUCCAAAGACUAGGACAUUCUCGAAAUGGUUUUCAAACAUCUAUGUAUAGAAAUGUCUAUUCUUGUAAUAAGGUAUGAUACCAAAUAAACAGAUAAACUUCGAAAGAUGGAUGCUUAAAGGAUUUUCAGAGGAAGGAGGCUUUUCAAGAAAUUGAUCAGUUUUCAACGACACAACCUCCAUUUUUAUUAACAAUAAUUUACCAUUUUUUUUAUUUACAAUUCUAGAAUCGCUUAGAAAAAUCCCCUAUUUUACGUUGCCUGCAACAAGCCGUUCGAAAUGUACAUUUUAUACAUAUAUAUUGCAUACAAAUCGUAUAAUGUUUGUAAUAAUAACAUGUAUUGAUAUAAGCAUUGUACAGACAACAGUGUAGGUCAUUGAGUAACAGAUAAAUAUAAUUUGUAGACUUAAAAA